AUGAGUCGCGAGGAAAGAGUCCAAGUAUUACUAUUUCUGGUUCAAAACGUAGAUGUUUUCACUUGGGAUCCCUAUGAAGUUCCCGGGGUUGAUCUUGGGUUUAUCGUCCAUAAACUCAAUGUAGACCCCUCAUAUCCUCUGAAGAAGCAGAAGCCGAGAAGGUCAGCUAAAGACCACGUUGAGGCGGUGAUACAGGAGGUGGAGAAGCUGAAGGAGGCAGGGGCCAUAAGGGAAACCUUUUUUCCGGAAUGGAUGGCGAAUACCAUUGUUGUCCGGAAGAAGAACGGCAAAUGGAAGCUAAAGAAUGCAGGGGCAACAUACCAACAGAUGAUGACGAGGAUGUUCCGGGAUAAAAUGGGGGAUACGAUCAAAGUGUAUAUUGAAGAUAUGGUGGUGAAAAGCAAGCAAGAGGCCCGGCAUGUAGAGGAUUUCCGGGGGGUGUUCGAGGUGUUGCGAAAGCACAGAUUGCGUCUUAACGCAGAAAAAUGUGCCUUUGGAGUAGGGGCUGGCAAAUUUUUGGGUACUUGA